CGGCUCUUCUAGCUACGCGCGCCGUACGUGUCGUAAGAGUAUGGUCCGACGGUCCGCCGAGUAAACCACGACACCGACACGAGGACGUACCUCUAAUAUUAUUGCUUAAAAUAUAAUAUUAUGUUAUUUAAUACCUAUUAAGUUUUUUACUGUGCUGUUUACCGUAUGAUCGCGCAGCAAUCGACCAGGAUAUUCGACUCGUAUUUUAUCCUGCUCCUGUCGUCGUCGUUGAUAUCUUUAAGCCAUUAUAAUCAUAAUUUUUUUUGAAUCGGUAUUGAUCGAGUAUUAAUCAAAAGCUUGUCGUUUUUCGUUUGCGGUUUUUUUUUUUAAUAUCGUUCGUCCCGUUUCUUUUUCCGCCGCGUCCGUUAGUUUGUUCUCAACGAUGAUAAUGUGAUACGACAAACUUCUGCGACUAGUUACACUUAAGGUAUACUGUAUACAGUUGAGCAUCAAGACUAUCGAAGAUUUGCACAGACAUGCGCUCAAGGCGAUUGAUGCACACGUGCUACGGCUGCAGAAGUCGGUAGAUCGAAGUAUUGAACACCCCGGAGAAGAAUGACACGUCAAUUACCGUCAUGAACUUUCAUUCAGUCGCUGAGCUAUUGCCAUGGAUGUUGUUGUUAUUUUCCUCGACCGGCUUCGCGUCUACCGUCCCAAACAAGGAGUUCGAUUGCAAAGGCCGAGUAGAACGGUGCGAGAGGAAGAAGGCCGCCACCAGGAGACCAGUGUGUGGCACCGACAACAUUAGUUACCCCAGUAGAUGUGCCUUGCUGAGGGUCCGAUGCUUUAACGACUCGCUGUUGCGUGUCAAGCACCGGGGACGAUGCAAAGAAAAGCAGCCCUGUUGGGUGGAUCAAACGACUAAAUCAGGUGAUCCAACUAGAACACCAGACUCGUAUAUGCCCAGGUGCAAAGCGGACGGCACAUACUUCCGGAUUCAAUGCCAUAAAAAGGAAGGAUAUUGUUGGUGUGUAACACCUGCAGGAAAAGUGGUGUCCAACACCAUUGUUCGAGGACAAAAGCCCAAGUGUGAUAACGGCAGAGGCAAAUGGCGUAGAGGUUCUUUGCAGAAAGGAGGUAAUCCCAGAAGAGAAUGCAGUAAAAACGAUAAAACAAUAUUUGUCAAUAAUUUAAUCAGAAUAUUCAAAACGGAGUACAAUCGAGAACAAUACGCAGCACUAUUAAAUGGUGACCGUUCGCUGUUGGACCCAAUCACGUUAGACAAACGAGUCACUGAAUGGAAAUUCAGUACAUUGGAUUCGGACAAAAACGGAAGCCUCACUAAAAUAGAAUACAGAGACCUAAAGAGACUGGUUCGCAAAGUGGUCAGACCUAAGAGAUGCUCCAGGGCGUUUAUCCGCACGUGUGACGCGGACCAUAACAGCGUAGUGUCGAAAAUCGAAUGGACGAAUUGUUUAUCGAUUGAAGAAACAUUAGACAUAAAGUCAUCGACAACCCCGACUACGACGACCACCACCACCACCACCACUACAACUACCACCACGACGACCGAAAUUCCACCGCCGGACGACUACGAAGACAAAGACGACGGAGGAAUCGGUCUCGAGGAAGCCGAUCCCGAAGACAUACUACAAGAAAGCGUAGCUACGCUUAGUGGUACUCUUCCGGGUUUAAUGGCCGAAGGCGACCAAGAGGAAGAGACCGAAGUUAAUGAUUGUUUAACGGACAGACAGGAAGCAUUGGACGAUCCAUCGUCUUCAUCUCACAAGUACAUUCCAGAAUGUACAACAGAUGGAAGAUAUAAAAGUGUCCAGUGUUACAAAUCAGUUGGUUAUUGUUGGUGCACACAAGAAGACACUGGAAAACCAAUACCAGGAACUUCGGUGAAAGAUUCUAAUCCUAAAUGUGAUGGUGUUCCUUUACUUUCCCGGCCAAUGAAAGGCUGCCCUGAGCAUAAAAAACAUAUUUUUUUAAAAGAUCUCAUGGAUUACCUCAGAAAAAAACACAGUAAAAACAAUAACGCAUCAUUUUCUAGUGAUUAUGAAUCAAUAAUUUCAGACAUUUUUCAUUCUUUGGAUACAAAUCACAAUAAAGUGUUGGAACGCAAAGAAUGGAAGAGUUUUCGGGAAGAAAUGUCAGUCAACAACAAACUAAAAAGAUGUGGAAAAAAACUGCCUCGACAUUGUGAUGUCAAUCGUGAUAAUAAAAUUGGGUUUACAGAAUGGUUGAACUGUUUAAAUAUUAACCAUGUUCAGACUCAAACACAACCUAAUGAGUCCAACACAACAAUAAUUGCUAAAAGAAGAGGCCCUAAUCCACUUGAAUCAUAUCUCAAAGGUGAUGACUAAACCAGAUAAUAAAAAUAAA